UAACAACUUAACCUCUGUCGACUUCUUAGACACUUUACUUCAUCCUGAAAAGUUAGAGGUUUUAGAAGUCUACGAUAGCGACCCCACAAUUAAAAAAAACAAUAUUUCGCCAACCACCCUUGAUUUUUUACGAACAUUUGCUAAUUUAAAGGAUUGUAAGUUAGGAAAAAACUCGAAUAAAGAUAAAGAUAAAUUAAAUCAAAGACCAGAAAGUGGAACUUACAAUAAAUUCUACGGCUCCCUAGAACCCAUUAAAAACUUAACUAAAUUAGAGGAAUUUUGUAUUUCUAGCACUGAUGUUGAGGAAGGUUUGGAGUAUAUACCCAUUGGAAUAGCUAAAUUAUCAGCCCAAAAAGUAAAAGAAGGUGAAAAUGCUAUGCUCGAAAACUUAAUUGACUGUCAACCUUUAAGAGAUGAUGCCAAAUUAGCCCACCCCAUUGGAAUAAGCAAUAAAAUAUUUGAGCGAGAGCAAAAAAAAACAGUCAACCAAAGCACCCAAACUGUUUUAACCAGUCAAGAAUUAGAACAACAACAAAAGGAAAUUCAAGAAUUAAGGGAACAAAUUAAUAAAUUAAGAUUUAAAAAAAUUAGCCGUUAUUACGGAGUAAUCAUUUAUGUGCGUAUUUUUGAAGGAGAAUUAGCAAAAGGGCAAAAAAUUAAGUUUGCCACUAAUCAACAAAAAGUUUACCAAAUAGAAAGAGUAGGAGUAAAAACACCGAAAGAAGUUUUAAAAAAUAAAUUAGUUGCUGGCGAAAUUGCUGGUUAUCAAGAAAUAAAACCCAAUGUUUAUUCUAACCUUUAUCCCAGUGAUA